UGCACGGAGGUGUGCAGCAUGAGUCUCAACGGGAAAGUGGCUCUGGUCACCGGCGGCGCACAGGGAAUCGGAAAAGCCGUGGCUGAAGCCCUCCUGGAAAAUGGGGCAAAGAUAGCACUGGUAGACCUGAAUCAGUCUGUGGGGGAAGAAUGUAAAAGCGAACUAGACGUACAGUAUGGUGAGGAUAACUGCAUUUUUAUCCAGUGUGACGUGACAGAUGCGGGAAAACUGAAAGGUAAUCUCAAUACCUUCCAAAACACAGUCAAUAGGUUUGGUCGAUUGGAUAUUGUCAUUAAUAAUGCUGGAAUCAACAAUGAGAAGAACUGGGAAAAGACCAUUGAAGUAAAUUUGACGUCUGUCAUAAAGGGGACAUAUUUAGCCCUGGAACACAUGAGUAAAGAGUAUGGAAAGGAAGGAGGGGUUAUCAUCAAUGUCUCAUCUAUGGCAGCAUUUCUCCAUUCUCCUCACCAACCAGUGUACACAGCAACAAAGCAUGGGGUGAUUGGAUUUUCAAGAGCCUUGGCUCAGGACGCAUCUGAACAGGGCAAUUAUGGAGUGAGGAUCAACACACUGUGCCCAGCCUUUGUCGACACCCAGCUCCUUCGCACUGUAGAGCAUGAGGAAACAAUGGGCAAGUUUGUCAAGUACAAAGAUGAGUUCAAGGAAAGGAUGGACAAGUACGGUGUUCUGAAACCAUCACUGAUUGCAGAGGGAAUGCUGCGAAUCAUAACAGAUGAAAGCCUGAAUGGAGCCGUGAUGAAGAUCACCUGCUCUAAAGGGAUUCACUUCCACACCUACGAACCUCUUUCAGCUUGAAAAUGGUGCUUUUAUCAAGCCAUUUCUGUUUAUCUCUUUCUCUCCACUUCUUUCCUCAAAAGGACCAUUAAUUUUAUUUGAGUCCAGCACAAACACCUCAGUCACUAGCUGGCAUGUUGGAAGCCAGGCAUGUUUUUAUUAUUAUUAUUAUUAUUAUUAUUAUUAUUAUUAUUAUUAUUAUUAUUAGCAUGGCUAAAAUUUGGAGCAUUCUGGGGUUUCUCAGAGUUAAGUAAAACACCCUGCUGUAUAGCCUGAUUAAGACAUAAGUAGGGAAGGUGUGGAUUUUGUAAGAAUAUCCUAUUUAUCAUUUCAGUUUUGUAAACCAAAAUAUCUUUCUAAAGCUGUUUCCUUUUCUGAAGUGCCCUUCAUCUUUAAUGUGUACAGAACUGUUUUUACUGUAAGUGACUGUUUAAAAAAAAAAAAAAAUCUUAAUAUUUAUUAAAUAUUACAUUACUGUUCCAUGGAUUAUAUAAUACCUCAAGAGCCCCAAAACCAACUAAUAUAUAUAAAAAAAAAAAAAAAAUUAAAAAAAAACUUUGUGCCAAAGAGAAUAUCCUAGGAUUUUUAUUUUGCAUAAAUCAACAAUAAACUUCUGAAAAACAAUGCAAAUUAUACAUCUUUAUUAUGUUUUUAAUCUAAGAUAUGGUAUUAAUGUACUUAUUUGUUGUAGCUGAAAAGAGACAGCAUAGUCUUAGUAUUGUCACCCAUUUAAUCAAAAAUGUCUUUUAUAGAUAUAACACAUCUAGAGUACAAUUCCUGUGAAGGCAGCUAUCAGUCUGGCUGUCGUAACUGGGACAUGGCAUUGCAUGCAUUCACACAGACUAAAAUUUCAAUCCCUCCUUCACUCCAUGUUCUUGUUUUUGCUAUUCAUUCUUCCUCCAUCAUAACUGUUAUGGAAUUUAAAUCCUGAAACAAGUGUCACCUGGUAGCUGUGUUUACAACCAUGAAAAUCUAAUAUGCAGGAAUCUGCACAAUUGGCUGAACUUACCACAGAACCAGAAAUGGAUAAGUUCUGCACUGUAUGUUAAUAUGGGUUAUUUCCAAGGCAAAGAUAUUUCAACCUAGCAAGUUACGCUGCUAAAAAAAAAUUAAGAAUAGAUGGUUUUCAAUGAAAAGUCCCAAACACAAUUAUAUAUAGCCUAUAUAUAUAUAUAUAUAUAUAUAUAUA